AUGGUUGAAUACGGCUUCGCUACGCAAGGCCAGGAGAUUGUCUCUGCAUUUGCGGAUCAAGUCAAGGGCAAAACUUUUGCCAUCACCGGCCCCAGCGAAGGGGGCAUUGGCGCGGAGAUCGCCAUCACUCUUGCCAAAGCGUCCCCAGCCCGUCUGAUCCUGUUUGGUCGCUCGCGAGAAAAGACUCAGAGUGUCAUCGACUCCAUUGCAGCUGCCAGCGAGCAAUCCUCCCCCGUCGAGACGGACUUCAUUCAGGUGGAAUUGGCUUCCCUUGCGAGCGUGCGAAAGGCCGCACAGGAAGUGCUCUCAAACACUGCCAUCACGCAGAUAGAUGGCAUCGUCAACAAUGCCGGUGUCAUGGCUUUACCCACAUACGAGACCACGCCGGAAGGCUACGAGAAGCAUCUGGUCACCAACUACUUGAGCCACUUCCUGCUGACCAACCUGCUGAUGCCCAAGCUCCUGGCCUCUCCCUCUCCCCGUGUCGUCAACCUCAGCAGCUACGGCCACCGCAUGUCCCCUUUCCGGUUCGAUGAUCCCCAAUGGUCCAACGGCGCGACGUACCAUCCGACUUAUGCAUAUGCACAGAGCAAGACAGCCAACAUCCUGUUCUCGGUUGCUCUGAAUGAGAGAUUGGGCACGACACACCAUCUGCGGUCCUACGCCGUGGAUCCAGGCAGCGUAGCCACAUCGCUCACUCGACACAUCACCCCGGACCAAUUCAAAGAGGGACUGGAGCUCUUUGCCAAACAUGGGAUUGUGCGUCCGGAACGAAAGACCCCAGCCCAGGGAUGUGCUGGGCCGUUGAGAGCCCUGCUGCAGCCGGAUAUUUCGAACGAGGACGGUGUCUACAUCACGGACACGAAGCUCACGACGGAUCCGGCGGUCGUCAAGACCUACGCCACGGACCGUGAGGAGGCACGACGACUAUGGGAGUUGAGUGAGGACGUAGUAGUUUUACCGUUAUGUGCCGUCCGUCUGCGUCUUACAGUGCUCAAGUGUGACAGGGCACGGCCCUGCGACAACUGCGUCAAGAGAAGGGAGUCGGACAAAUGCGUCUACCCGGCCGUGCGCGACCAUGCCCGCGCGUCGAAGCGGACGAAAAAGCGUCUCGACCGGCUGGAGUCGCUGGUGAUGGGUUUAAUCGACAGGAGUGUUUUGCAAAGCCGCCCCUCGCUGGAUGGAGAGCAGCAGUCUCUCGGAGGAAGUCGACUGCAUGACAGCGACAGGCACAGGAACCUUGGCAGCACUAAUGAAUCCCUACUCGACAAGCCAUCGAUACCAUCCUCCAGCUCGUCAUCUGCGCUGUGGGAGAGUGUCCUGCUGGAUAUAGCAGAAAUUCGGUCCUAUUUCGAGGAGCAUGAGCUGGACUUUCGCGAGCAGGAAAUAAAAGUGGAAUCCUCCAGGAAUCCGCUCGCAGGUAUCAAUAUCUUACACACCAGCCCCGGUGAAUGCGACAUGGACACGCUCCUUUCGUCUCUUCUCUCCAGGUCGGCCGUUGAUCUGCUGAUUGAAAAUUACUUUGGCAUGACGAACCACAGUAGACCGAAUGGCAUCGACCUGAGACCAUUUCUCGGGGACCCAGACGAAGCGAUGGCCCUGUUUCGGACCCGGACGACACAAUGCCUGGUAUCGGCGGACUAUUCCAAGCCUUUGAUGGAGCAGCUUGAGACUCUCGUCGUCCACCUCGAGGCCGAGUUCACAAGCAGUCCGGACUCUCAAAUCCAUGUCUGGGUCUUGAUGGGGAGCGUCGUCCGCCUGGACAUGCGAAACGGCCUCCAUCGCGAACCGAGUUUAUUUCCGGAGUUUACGCCCUUCCAGUGCGAGAUGCGCCGUCGGAUGUGGCUCGCGAUCGUCCAGACUGACAUCCUCAUGUCAUUCCAGGUGGGCUUGCCCGCAAUGAUUCCCAAGGGGCAGCACGACACGAUGCUUCCACAAAACCUGCGAGAAGACGAUUUCGACGAAGAUUUCACCGCGCUUCCUCUGUCACGACCUAUGAACGAAGUGACCAACAUAUCGUUCUUUAUCGCCAAAAAUCCCCUGCUCGAAGUCUUCGCCAAGAUAGCGUCUCACAUCCUGGACAUCCAUCCCAACGAAUCGGACGUGGAGACGCUGGAGAGCGAAUUGUACGCCGCCCGGGAUGCGUUGCCUCCGUACUACAAGAUGCGUCCGCUGGAAGAAUCCACACUCGAUCCACCAGACGUUAUCCUGGCGAGGAUGGGCAUGGACCAGUCAGUCCACAGCGGACUGUGUAUUCUGCACCGACGACGGUUGCCUCUGGCGCGAUCGAAGCCGCAGUUCAGCUAUUCUCGCAAGGUGUGCGUGGAUGCGGCGCUGACGCUGCUCAGUUACCAAGCCAUCCUUCACCGCGAGAGCGGCCCAACGGGGCGAUUUGGAGCGCACAGGGUGAUGGCCACGUCCGUCACGACGAAUGACUAUCUCCUUGCUGCGAUGCUCCUUUGCUUGGACUUGCGAGUGGGCAUGUCCGGGCCGACACAUCCUGCGUCGAGUGAUUUGAGUCCUGUGGGGCAGGGAUCGACAGGAUGA